CAGCAAUGAAGCCUGACUACGCCUGCGCGUUGCCCGGCCAAUCGAACAUAUCUCACCAAGAACAGCUGAGCAUGUGGCAACAGGACUCCUACCUCAACGACGAAACCGACUCCGGGGUCGUGAGUGGAGCGUUGUCCGUCGCUACGCAGAUGAACGAUGAUAAUUGGGACGCCUUCGAUUGGGAGACCAACUCCAAUGGUCUCGGUUCCCAGUUCAGCGGCUCUGUUCCCAUGGAGCAGAGCAUGGAUGUUGCGACCCAACAGAUCAAUCCACCCAGAUCGCAGAGAGGUCGAUCGACCAUCUUCAAUCAGACAAUCGAUGAGCAAAUGGAAAUUUCAUCGAGCCAGUUCUCAGACCAUGACGGUGUGAACUUGCAAAUGAUCUCCGACGUUCAAAUGUUGUCGGGUCCUGCCUCGGAGCCCUCCCUCAUUCCAGCUGCCAGGGCGCUCCCGGGUCUGGUGAAGCUCCUGAACGAUGAGGAUCAGGUGGUGGUGGCUCAGGCCACAGCUACUGUCCAUCAGCUUUCGAACAUGGACACUUCGGUCGACGUACUCAUACAAUACCCGCAGAUGAUCGCGUCGAUUGUGAAGGCGUUCAUGAACUCCAACGAUCCAGAGACGACACGUUGCGCUGCGGGGGCUCUCCAUAACUUCUCUCGAAAACGAGAAGGUCGCCAAGGCAUUUUCGAGGCCGACGGCAUACCCGCAUUGGUGAAGCUGCUUUCAUCGCCUCUGGAGGGUGUCGUGUUCUAUGUCAUCACAACCCUCCAUAACUUGUUGCUCUACCAGGAAGGAUCGAAAACCGCGGUCAGCAUCGCCGGAGGCCUUCAGAAGAUGGUGUGCCUGCUUCAGAGGAACAAUCCGAAGUUCUUGACGAUUGUCACCGACUGUUUGCAAAUUCUCGCGUACGGAAACCAGGCUGCAAAAUUGACCAUCCUGGCAUCGGGUGGUCCUUCCGAGUUGUUGAGGAUCCUGAGAAGUUUCAACUACGAGAAGCUACUCUGGACCACCACGAGGGUCCUGAAGGUUCUUUCGGUUUGUUCAUCAAAUAAACCGGCCAUCAUCGAAGCCGGAGGGAUCGAAGUCUUGACUCAGCAUCUAGGCAGUACGUCCAGUCGGCUGGUCAUAAAUUGCCUGUUCACAAUCCGGAAUCUCUCGGACGCCGCCAUACCGCAGGAGAACAUCGAAGGGCUUCUGCAUCAAUUGGUGCGCCUGCUCACUUCGUCCAACGUGGACAUCAUCACGUGCGCUGCCGGCGCGCUCUCGAACCUCACCUGCAACAACCAGAGAAACAAGUCGAUCGUGUUCCGCAUCGGGGGAUGCGAGGCCCUGCUGCAAACAGUUUAUCACGCUGGAGAUCGGGAAGAAAUCACCGAGCCCGCUAUUUGUUGUCUGAGACAUCUGACCUGCCGGUACCCCGAGGCGGAGCUCGCUCAGCAAGUCGUUCGCAAAUACCACGGCAUUCAGACCAUUGCGAAGCUUCUCCACGUCUCACGCUGGCCUUUAAAGAAAGCAAUAAUCGGACUCAUUCGAAACCUCGCGUUGCAUCAGGAAAAUCAUGUUCUUUUCCGGGAGCAUAACUUGAUGCACAUGAUGAAGGAGACGCUCGAGAGAGCAUCGACGGAAGUGAUGAACGGUGCUCAAAAUUCGACGCCGCGGCCCGUACUCGAGGGCGUGAAGAUGGUCGAGAUCAUCGACGCGAUCCUAGGAGCGUUCCACAUCCUUGCUAAGGAUGCGGCCAACAGGCCCACUAUAAGAUCGUUGCACGCCGCUGUACUGUUAGUGCGACUCAUGUAUUGUGAGAUUGAGAACAUAACACGGCUAGCGGCUCUAGUGCUGUGCGAGCUUUCGACAGAUCGAGAGGGGGUCAACCAUCUCGAGGAGGAAAGACUUUUAGCACCAUUGCAAGAGCUCUCACGGUACCAAAAUCAAGCUACAGCGAAUUAUGCUGCGCACGUCAUCGAUGCCCGGAAUCGCUUUAGAGCGCUUGAAUCAAAUUUCGGACAAUCAAGAUUCGGAUUCAACUGACAGGGAUCUGACUUAUAGGGGAAUGGAACGGUGGAUCUUCGAACAAAAUCGAAAACCGUUCAUCGAAACACAUUUUGCAAAAUUGAUCUGAAAUUUCUAGCCAUCCGAACCCGAGAGGUCCGAGUUCCGGAGCCACGUAAUAUUGACUUUAGGUAAGGAAAUCAGGAAACAGCUGCCGUUCUCGCAUCUUGGACCGCCCAAAUAUCCGCAACUUCCCAAGGGAGCUGUCAUGGAUGUAUUUCACUUUUGAGCAGACUCUCAUUGG